AGAAAAAAACCCCUCUCCUUACAACACUUUGAAGAAGUCUGGUGUCUGCUCAAACGGCUGUCUGGACUUAAUAAAUGGGUCAAAAGAAGAUGUGCAGUGGUGUUCCUAAUAUUCGAGCGCAUUUUUACUGAAGUUGAGGGUGAACCCAUCAGAACAGAAUACCUACUUCCUUUUUGCCUGGCGCAUUUUUCUGUGAGUAAUUGGGACUCAAGAGGACACCAGAACUGUCCUCACCAUUUCUUUUCUCAUCAGAGGAAGCACGUCACGAAAAUGAGUGGGGUAGAACCCAACUACACAGAAUAUCCAGACUACACAUUUGAUUAUGAUAAAAUUACAUCACCAUGUGACAAGGGGGAAGUCAGAAACUUCACAAAAGUAUUUUUGCCAAUUGCAUACUCAAUUAUGUGUGUCUUGGGCUUAGUGGGUAACAUCUUUGUAGUGAUGACCUUUGCUUUAUAUAAAAAAACCAAGUCUAUGACCGAUAUAUACCUCUUCAACAUGGCCAUAGCAGACAUAUUGUUUGUUCUCACUCUUCCAUUCUGGGCAGUAAAUUAUGCUGCUGAAAAAUGGAUCUUUGGUGACUUCAUGUGCAAAAUUACCAGAGGUAUUUAUGCAAUCAACUUCAAUUGUGGUAUGCUGCUCUUGGCCUUUAUCAGUAUGGACCGAUACAUUGCUAUUGUACAGGCAACAAAGUCAUUUAAACUUCGGGCUAGAACGCUAGCAUACAGUAGACUGAUCUGUUUGGUUGUAUGGGUAUCGUCAAUUUUAAUUUCCAGUUCCACUUUCAUAUUCAGUCAAAGCUACAGCCACGCCGUCAAUGAAAGAGAAAAGAUUUGUGAACACGGAUCCAAUACAGAGACCAAAGGCACUGUGUUGAAAUUAUUGCUGCUGGGUAUGCAACUUGCAUUUGGAUUUUUUAUCCCUCUGCUGUUUAUGGUAUUUUGCUAUGCAUUCAUUGUCAAAACCUUGGUGAAAGCUCAGAAUUCCAAAAGAAACAAAGCAAUAUGUCUGAUUAUAUUAAUUGUCAUUGUUUUCCUGGUUUGUCAAGUACCAUAUAACAUGGUUCUUCUUGUGACUGCCAUAAAUAUGGGUAAAUUAAAUAAACAGUGUGAUAGUGAAAAGCAAAUAGUCUUUGCAAAGUACAUUACAGAAGCCCUGGCCUUCUUCCAUUGUUGUUUGAACCCAGUGCUCUACGCAUUUAUCGGGGUGAAAUUUAGAAGUUACUUUGUGAAUAUGAUGAGGGAUCUGUGGUGCCUGAGAUACAAAAAAUACAAGACCAAGAGUUCAAGGAUAAGUUCUGAUACCUGUCACUCAAGGCAGACAAGUGAAAUUAUGAGUGACAAUGUGUCAUCCUUUACUAUGUAAUAUGACUUCAACAUUAUUACGAAGGAGCUUUGAUUAUAUUCAUCCAACAAUCCAAACCAAUCUCAUUAUUCAUGUCACAGCCAGUGAUUUUGACUUUCCGACACCCUAAAUAGUAGUUUCUAUGAUCUACAGCUCCCUCCAUCAAAACUAUUAACAUAAACAGAAGAAUGACGCGACUAUGGAAAACUCGUAUUAAUCACUGUCUAGCUAAUGUUUAUGCUGUUUUCAAAUACAGGCACUUAAAAUCCUCCAGAGAGCUAAAUUUAUCAAGCAACUUCCUUGAUUCUAAUGAAAAAUUGCAAGUUUGUUUUGAACAUGGCCUUGGUAUUUUGGUUUUAAAACAGGGCUCAACUCAGUAUCUCAUAUCAUAACAACAAUUUUAAUAGAAUAACAACAAUUUUAAAAGCAUCAGAGAGGCAAAUUCACCACCAACCCAACUCCAUUUAUACUUAUGUUAUUAUUAAUUAUUUAUAUUGCAGUAAUGUCUCGAGGUCCUGACUAAGACUGGGACCCCUUUCUGCUAGCAUUGUACGUACACAUAGUAAGAGACAGUCCCCGCACCAACGAGCUUGCAUACUGAAUAGCCAAGACAGAGAAUGGGAAGGGACAUGAUCAAGCCCACAUAGUAGGGCUGUGGAAGAAUGGUCUCCUGAGUCCCCGUGCAGUGCAGUGCCCUAACUACUGACUGCUGCCUCCCUAUAUAAUCGUGUCUUCUUAUGUCAGCACUGAAUUGUCCAGAGCCAAUACUACCAUGGCUACUGAAGGGACUAGUUUGUUUUUUUAAAACUACACACUGAAAGGUUUGGGAACAUCUCCUCAGUUUUUAUCAUCUGUGGAACAGAAAAUAAGGUUUAUUUGAGAAGAGAUAUUUUCCUGAUUUGGCAGUGGAACUUCAGGUUUUCGACUCUCCGAAACUGACCAUUUUGUAAAUUUGUCCUUGCGAAAAGCCAAAACACCACUCUGAAUAUUUUUCUGUUUGCUUUAUUAAAUGAAAUUUUAAAUUCACAUGAGUGAUUUCUGUUUUUCAAUGAAGAUGGCCUAACAGGGCAGUAUUUGGCUCACUUGAUACUCUGGUAUUUUAUUUUAUUUUAUUGGACAAACGACAUGCAGAAAAAUCCUGAAGUUGUUUCUCAGUCCUUAUUAGUCAUUAAAAUUCCUGUUGGGCUCAAUUGUGCUACCUGCUAAACUGAUGCAAAUCUGGACUAACUCCACAGACUUCAGAAAUUACUCUGAUAUGAUUGAGAGCAGAAUUUGGUUCAUUGACUGUAAUGUAAAGUCUGCCAGAGUUAAUACUGAGUAAGGACUUCAGUAUUUGACCAGUUAUGAAUAAACCUUCAAUACUUAUACAAUAAACUGUAAAAUUAUUAGUCAGUGCUGGAGAAAUAAAUUGGUUAGUCUCUAAGGUGCCACAAGUACUCCUUUUCUUUUUGCGAAUACAGACUAACACGGCUGUUACUCUAAAACAGUACAACCUAAUCAUGAUCCAGCAUAAAACUGGGAUACAUCUUUUAUGCAAUUUAGCUAUUUCUCACAUUUUAUAUUUACACAAGUUUUCAGCAAUAAAGAUUCAGAAUGAAACUUAACGGAUUUUUUUAAGUUAUGCACAACACUCAGGAAAAUAUGUAAAUAACACAGCUACUUAAAAUGGUUGUUACAGUUUCUUUAAUACUUCUGUUUAGUUAAUUAAAAGUUCUGUUUGUUAUGGGAGCUCAUAAAAUUGUAACAGCGGUCAGAAGAGAAUAAGAGAAGAAGUCCCACCCCUUCAUAAAUGGGAUUGGUAGGAGAAUAUUCUAGACAGGAGCUUGGAAUCUUGGAGGGAAUGAUUUUGGUUCUGAAGUGUAGCAAGCAAUUUCAGUCUGAAAUGGAGGGUUGGGGGCAAAGUGUAGAAAGGAGCAAAAGCAGCUGCUUUGCUUCAAUCUCUACAAGCACAGCUCCUUUGCAGAACAGCUGAAAUGUGGGGAAGUGACUAGCUAGAUCCCGACAGGUGUCUGGGGAAUAGUUUCUGCAUGUGGACUGUUCCCUUCUCAGAUCAGUAUAAGUUCUGGCUUUGGCAGAGUAACUACCCUCGCAUGAUUCUAACUGGCUGCAGAAGGGGGAAGCAGGCUGGAGCCAGCAAAGUGCCUGCCAGGGCAGCAUGUCAGGGCCAAGAGCUGUGCUGCUGGUGCUGCUGGAGUACUGAGGGAGAGCACAGAUGGGACAUGCUACAUGGGGACUGUUCACGUUGGAGCAAUUUAUCGACGUUUGUAAAGUAGUUUGAGAUUUUCAGAUAUAAAUGUUGUCUAUUUUUUUCUGACUUCAAAUUUGGAAAUUAGACAUGGCUUUUAUUGUUGAUUAACUGUAAAUUAUACAAACAUGAUACAAAUAUAUAUCAAUGUUUGUAAAGUAGUUUGAGAUUUUCAGAUAUAAAUGUUAAAUCUGUUUUUUUCAUAAGAACGGCGAUAUUGGGUCAGACCAAAGGUCCAUCUAGCCCAGUAUCCUGUCUUCCGACAGUGGCCAGUGCCAGGUGCCCCAGAGGGAAGGAACAGAACAGGUAAUCAAGUGAUCCAUCCCCUGUCGCUCAUUCCCAGCUUCUGGCAAACAGAGGGUAGGGACACCAUUCCUGCCCAUCCUGGCUAAUAGCCAUUGAUGGACCUAUCCUCCAUGAACUUACCUAGUUCUUUUUUUUAACCCUGUUAUGGCCUUGGCCUUCACAACAUCCUCUGGCAAGGAGUUCCACAGGUUGACCGUGCACUGUGUGAAAAAAUACUUCCUUUUAUUUGUUUUAAACCUGCUGCCUAUUAAUUUCAUUUGGUGACCCCUAGUUCUUGUGUUAUGAGAAGUAGUAAACAACACUUCCUUAUCUACUUUGUCUACACCAGUCAUGAUUUUAUAGACACCAGUCUGAUUUUUCUGACACUCUCUUCAAAUUUGGAAAUUAGAUAUGGCUUUUAUUGUUAAUUAACUGUAAAUUAUACAAACAUGAUACAAAAAUACAUAUAUAUUAAUACAUAUAUUUACUCAUAUAUAGCAAAGCAUUCGUACUAGUAGACAUUCCAGCAAAUAAAACUUUGAUAACUGAUUGGCAGAAAAAUAAUACAGUUCCGUCUUCAUUAUCCUAACGUUAAAUAGCUGAAACAGGGUCACUUCAUUACAUUGAAAAUGCCUUAUUCAUCUUAAAAACUUUAUUAUAGAGCCUAUACAAUGUUUUUUCCUUCCCUUAUCAUUAGAUACAAGAUUUUGAAGUGUGUUUUGCUGUUCAUAGUAGAAAAUAUCAUUUAAAAUAUGUUUAAUAUUACAUCUAUGAUUUUUGCAAAUGAACCUGCAACUGUAACAAAUUUCCUCGGUAGCGUUUGAAAAACCUGUAUAAAUAAGAUAUACUUCUUAUUCUGUAUAUAUUAAAAAAGAUAAACUCCUUGUC